AUGAGCAGAGCAGACUUUGGUGUUUCAAGCUACUAUCAUGGAAGAAGUAUCUGCAAAAUUUACGAAAGCGGUUACCACUACUUGGCUUACGAAACACCAAUCCAGUAUGAUGUCUCAAAUUCGGAAGAGGAAGAGUAUUUUGCGAAUUUUGAUGCAGAUGAGCCCCUUGGAUCAACAAAAUCUGGCAAUGUGAGAGGAAGUUUGCCGGACGUACGGGUGGAGCCAACUGCAAGAGAUGAUUUAUCGGUCCAGCCAGAACCAUCUCAAGCACGUGUGCUUGCUCACACAAAUGGUGCUGCUGCUGGUGCUACUUUCGCAACGAAACAAGGGCCAAGAGUGACUGAAGAUAAUAGUGUGGUUGAAGAUGAAAAUAACAUGCAUGCGAGUGGUAGUGUCAGGCUUGGAAAUUCUGUAUUUCACCAAAGCGGUAAACUUCCCUCUGGAACUCACUGCAACAAAGAAGACCGAGCAGGAGAUAAGUGCUGUAGCGGAGCGCUUUUCGAGACAAUGUCAGAUGCCCUCUACGAGCUGAGUAGUUCACCUUUAUUUUCAGCUGCAAGCUCUGGAAACAUAGCAAGUCUUGUUCAAAACAGGGCUCAAAGAAGGUUCCAGCAAUCUUUUGAAGUUAUUGUUUCUACCAAUGACUUCGCAUUGGCUUCGUACGGGUUUGGGGACCAGACUUGUAAGUACCAAGAAAGGGGUUUUACGAUAGCAGCCUACUCCACCCCGAGGCAGUACAACAUCAAUGAUGUAGAGAAUGAAGAGUAUCUUGCUUCGAUUUCGGCCACCGAUGAUCUAGGCGCAACGCAGCCAUCACUCCCUGGACAACGGCCUUUUCAUACUCCUCUGAAAAUCUACUCUAGUGGCGAUCGUGAGGGAUUUCCUUAUUCCAUACAUAGUGACAUUUAUGAUGACUCCGGACCAGCCAUUCCUGUGGACUGUCCAGAAAAACUAGAAGCUUUAGAAGUAGAUAAAGCUAUCAACAGCAGUAUGGCAAAACUAAGAGAAGUAUGCUGCGAUGGAGAACUACAGUAUGAAAUCACUCGUGCUAUAGACAAAGCGAAACAAAACCAGUCAGCAGCAGGAAAAACUGUUCGAGCGAUAUCCAGAGACAUCUCUGGAAGCGUUCAAAAACGGUUUGGCACUAGCUUCGAGACCAUCGUUUCGCAUGCGGACUUCACUUGGCGUACUCACCAUUAUAGUACAAGUACUUGCAAGAUUGACAGCGGAGGUUAUCAUGCCCUCACCUACGAGUCCAGCAAAGCACCUCCGCCAGAAUUCGCACCCGCCCCACCCAUGCAGUUGGUGGAAUCAGUGGGCGGUGGUGCACAGCCUCCUUUCCUCGGAGGAGAAGUUGCAUCUCUUUCCCAAAUUUCACCUCCGGCACCGUUUGCACUUCCUUCUCCACCUGUACCUGCAGCGGCUGUCCCGGCUGCAGUGAAUGCUCCCCCUGUUUUUGCAUCUCCUGCUGUACUCCAGUAUGUGCCACCUGCAGUAUAUCCUUCUGCAGGAGGUGGUGGACAAAGUUACUGCUUUUCUACGGACACAUGGGUAACGACACCAGCUGGGAAGAAACGCAUGGAUGAUUUGAAAGUCGGUGAUUUUGUUCUGACGGCAGACCUAACUACCGCUUAUUAUGCACCUAUAUCGUUUUGGAUACACCGUGCACCAAAUGUCACGACAAAAUUCGUCACGAUAAUGACUGAUUACGGGAAAAUGCUCGCGCUAAGCGGUCGCCAUUUUAUUUUCAGAAACAAAUGUCAAGAAUUGUACAAUGAUCGCGUCAAUCUCCUCCCUUCCAAUAGCGAGGCUGUAUAUGCCGAACAGUUGAAGGUGGGCGACUGUGUGUACCUUCUCUAUAAGGAUAGCUUCCGGCUGCAAAAACUUCAGCAUAUCUCUGUAACGGAAAGACGAGGCAUCUACUCGCCUUUGACAUCAAAUGGAAGAAUAAUUGUCAAUGAUAUGUUGGCGUCAUGUUAUAGCGACGUGAAUGAAGCUACCUUACAAACUACUUACUUCUCAGUGCUCAGCGCUCUACGGAAAAGUGCCAUAGCGUCGCUUGGCAACUGGGUAGAUCAAACGGUCGAUGUUCCGUUCGGGACCGAGUUGUUGAAGGAGUUAUUACGAUUGAUUGUGCCAUUGACAUGA